UACUUCCCUUAUCCAAUCCUUCAUGUCCACCGUCCUCCGCCCUCUCUCCUCCCCACUCCGCCACCACCACGGCGGCCGCCGGCCUCACCCCCCGGCGGCCGCCGGCAUCAUCGCCACCACCUCUUACCUUCAUCAUCCUUUUUCCUUCCCCUAAAACCCCUUUCACUGUCUCCCUCAAUAUCCCUUUACACCCCCUAUUCUUCAUCUUCCACUUCACCCCAACAACUUCUGCUGGAUUCCCAAGAAACCCAAGUUGAUUUCGACAAUUGGGACCCCAUUUCUGCUUCUGGGGUUGCUGAAAGUUUCAAUUUUGACGAUUCUUUUGAUUCUGUGGAGUUGAAGAAGUUUGAAACCCCAGCUGUUGAGGUGAGGGAAUUAGAGGAUAUUCCUGAUCAAUGGCGUAGGGCAAGAUUAGCUUGGCUUUGUAAAGAGCUUCCUGCUCAUAAGACGCCUACUAUGGUUAGGAUUUUGAAUGCACAAAGGAAGUGGAUUAGGCAAGAAGAUGGGACUUUUGUUGCUGUUCAUUGUAUGCGAAUUCGCGAAAAUGAAGCUGCUUUUAGGGUUUACAAAUGGAUGAUGCAGCAACAUUGGUUUCGAUUUGAUUUCGCUCUAGCUACAAAGCUAGCAGAUUAUUUGGGGAAGGAACGAAAGCACUUGAAGUGCCGGGAGAUUUUUGAUGACAUAAUUAAUCAGGGACGAGUGCCAUGUGAAUCUACAUUCCAUAUUCUCAUUAUUGCCUAUCUUAGUUCAUCUGGACCAUCAGUGUUAGAUGAAGCCUGUAACAUCUACAAUCGCAUGGUGCACUUGGGAGGUUAUAAGCCUCGGCUUAACUUACACAAAUCUCUGUUUAAAGCUCUUUUGGGGAAGGCAUCGAGCGAGAGUAAACACUUUCUGAAACAGGCUGAAUUUAUAUAUCAGAACUUGACUUCCUCUGGAUUGGAAAUACACAGAGAUAUUUUCGGCGGUCUUAUAUGGCUUCACAGUUAUCAAGAUGUGGUUGAUAUGGAAAGAAUUGCUGCACUAAGAGCAGAAAUGCGGUCAAGAGGAAUUAAAGAGAGCAAAGAGGUACUUGUGUCAGUUUUAAGAGCUUGCUCGAAGGAUGGGAAUGUGGAGGAAGCCGAAAGAACUUGGUCAAAACUUCUCUCCAUCGAUGGCAGUCCUCCUUCUCAAGCUUUUGUCUAUCGUAUGGAAGUGUAUGCAAAGAUUGGAGAACCUACAAAAUCUUUGAAAGUAUUUCGGAGGAUGCAGGAACAAUUGGGUUCCACCUCCGUUGCAGCAUACCAUAAAAUAAUAAAGGUGUUGUCUAAACAUCAAAAACUAGACCUUGCAGAUUCUAUCAUGUCCGAGUUCAUAAACAGUGGUAUGAAACAGCUGGUCCCAUCAUUCAUCGAUUUGAUGAGGAUGUACUCCGUUGCAGGUUUACAUGAGAAACUGGAAUCUACCUUUCUCCGGUACCGUGAAGUCUGCCAUCCGAAUCUGACAGUUUUUAACAUUUAUUUGGAUUCGUUGGUGAAUACUGGCAAUCUGAGCCUGGCUGAAGAAAUCUUCCAUGAAAUGCGUGGUAAUGUGGCAAUUGGUGUUGAUUCUCGUUCUUGCAACAGUAUUUUGAGAGGCUAUAUGACCUCUGGAGAGUAUGUGAAGGCAGUAAAGAUAUACAAUUUGAUUCGCCAAAAGAAAUACGACGUUGAGAUUGAAUCUUCGUUGAUGGAAAGACUUGAUUAUGUUCUUAGCUUGCGGGAGAAAGUAGUUGAAGAACCUGUAAGGCUGAAGCUCACACCAGAAAAACGAGAGGUUUUGACGGGGUUGCUUCUUGGGGGUGUGCAAAUUAGAUCAGAUGGAGAGAGAAGAUUGCAUGCAAUCCAUUAUGAAUUUAACGAAGAGUCGAGGAUCCAUUCCAUUUUUAAGAAACACAUACAUGAUGAAUUUCACGAGUGGUUAGGCUCUCAUGAUAUGAUGGUGGAUAGCACUGCUGACAUUCCUAAUUCUUUUACCACCAUUUCACAUUCUUAUUUUACUUUCUAUGCUGAUCAGUUCUGGCCCAAUGGACGUCCUUGUAUACCAAAACUCAUACAUAGAUGGUUGUCACCUCGCGUUCUUGCUUAUUGGUAUAUGUAUGGUGGUUACCGGACAUCAUCUGGUGAUAUUCUAUUGAGAGUAAAGGGAAGUUCAGAGGGUGUUGUGAGUAUUCUUAAAGCACUGAAAGCCAAAUCAUUAAACUGCCGAGUAAAAAAGAGGGGGAGGGUCUUUUGGAUAGGAUUUCUGGGGGACAAUGCUACAUUCUUCUGGAAGGUGGUAGAGCCCUUCAUUCUUGAUGAAUUAAAGGAACUCCUUAAAGCAGGUGGCGACUCAAAUGGAUCCCUGGAAACCCAAUGUAUCAAUUUUGACAGUGGCUCGGAGACUGACGAGAAGAAUUCAGAGCGUCAUAGAGCCUUGUCUGAUUGAUGUAUUGGUCUGUAUGCCUUCUAUUGCAAGGUGUAAUAGGUUAUUUGAGAUUAAAAACGUUGCUGCAAAAGUUUGUGGCUUAUAAGGUGCCUGACCACCUUCUUCUGACAGGUAUCAUUACCUCAACACUAUCUUUUGUGACGUGUCUAAUCGUAGGUUUAAAACCAUAUAUGUAAACUAGCUCUAGAAUAACCUUGUACAUAUUCCUCUGGUAUAUAGCACAUUCUUUGACAGUUUGCAUAAGUUGAAAGCAUAGGGUAUAACACGUCUCGGUACACAACUCUAAUCACCUUUGACAUAUCAGGAAAAAAGAAACUCUAAUCACCUUUGAUUUCAUAAGUAGCAGCAAUUGUCAUGAUAAAACUGAUGUCAGAGCAGAAAGCUACAAUUCUUCGUUCCUUUUGAUUUUCAUGUGUAGAUAGUGCUUCCUCUGUUUCAUGUUGAUCCUACAUGAAGAUAGUACUCUUUUUCCAACCUUUUAUCCUCAGUUUCUGGUUCGAACAACAGUAAUGAUCAGUUAAUUUGUAGACGGCAGGACCGUGGUUCAUUCACAGUCAACUCUGUUACAAGAUGCUACUCACAGCCCACAGGUACUAAUCAUCUUACUUUUGGUCUAUGGAAGAGUAUAUGAAAAAGUAAGUCAUGCGUUUUGUGUGGUCGACUCAAAACAAUCUACAAAGAUGACGGAUACAGCUAGUCUGCUACAUGUGCUGAAUAGAGGCGGAAUCAGUUUACCAUAUUUUCUUACAUUGCUCUAUAUCAUCUACACAGAUUUGGCAGAUGUUCCUUUAUUUGUAGUGGGCUAUGCCAAGAACAGCUGCUGAUUUUCUUUCAUCCUCAAUCGGUAUGACAUCACUUUCGUAGUGCUGGUCUUUUUGACAUCAAUAAUACUUGCAUAUUGAUUUUCCUCCUUGCAUUUGUGUUCAAAAUCACAAGUUUGAGAUGAAUACAGGUGCUAAAGCACAUUUUCUUAGAGCUGAGACCAACAGUUUUUUUCUGUUUUAACUGUAAAAGAAUGUAUACUUCUGACGAGAGGGAGUUGCUCGGAUGGUAAGCACCCCUCACUUCCAACCCAAAGGUUGCGAGUUCAAGUCACCAAGGGAGCAAAAUGGGUGGGAGCUCCUAGGGAGGGUAAAAUAAAAAUAAAAAUGUGUCCUUCUUGCUCGUGGCUGUCUUCGAUUUAAUUCAAGAAGUUAGCUGAGAUAUCAGUUGAGGUCCAUCAUAGUCGCUAUUUUUCAAAGACAUGGCCGAGAAGUGAUCAGUUGACGCUAGUUCUACUUACUGAAUUGGGUUGAUGAUCUUUCUUGUUUGGACAACGAAUUCAAAUAUUGGGAAAGUUAGACGUCUGAUUAAGAGAGAAACAACUUUAUCCAUUGCACUGUAUUAUUGUUGGAACCUUUGCAUAGAAGCAAGCAAGUAAGAUGAGGUCGCUCUGCUCUAUAGAUAAAACGUGUUUCGUACUAUACUUAUGAGCUCGUCUAGUGUUCACUACUUGCUAACAACUUACAAUUGUUGAUUCCAAGUUCGAUUAAAGGAAGGGUAUUGCAGAGAUUGACAAUCAGCGUAAAAUUAAUCAAUUUCGAUAAAAAGAUCUUUGUUGCGUCUUUAUCCUUCUUCAAGUUUAUUGUAGAACUUGUGGUCCUAUGUACACUUUCAAUUUGGAUCAUUUGCACUUUUGCUUCUA